AUGGCCGAAAACAGCGAUGGUCACGAUACCUCAGAACUGGCUCGAAGAUCGACCUCACCCGAGGAUCCUGAGGGCCAACACGAUCCUCCCGUCAGAAAAGAGGCAGACCACGCAGAUGUCAGAGCAAUCUUCCGCCAAUGGGAUCCCACCGGACGGGGAAUGAUCCGGAAGGACGAGCUGCUGUCGACCUUCUCUGGCCUUGGCCUGCACAUGGGUGAGCGAGAGCUUUCAUUGAUGCUCGAAGCAGCAGACAUGUCUGGACAUGAAAGCGUUCAUUACGGGAAGUUCCUCCGGUGGAUUUUUGCACCGGCAUCGAGCUCUGAGAGUGAUCAUCAAGCCAAUGUCUCAUCGCAAGAUGUUCAGACGGAACUCAAAACCUCAGUGCCCGGCCUUGGUUCCAAGUCGGAAGCGGAGGCAGAUGAAAUUGAAAUCGAAAAUUGUGAAGAUCUCAGACUUGAGGAUUCCAUGAUAUGUUUCCUCACAUGUUCAGGCGGAGACAUCCUGCAGGCUGCGAAAGAAGGCAACGUCGGAGCUGUCCGACGCUUGCUGCAGGUGGACCCCCAGAGCCUGGAGCAAGUCGACGGAGGAGGCGACGGGCCCCUGGCGAAUGCGGCUCGGAAAGGCCACCUGGAGGUGGUCCAGGUGCUGCUCGCCGCCAGCGCCUCCGUCGAGGCGAAGAACAGACACGGCAGCGGGCCGCUGGCCUGGGCGGCUGAGGGCGGCCACCUGGAGGUGGUCCAGGCGCUGCUCGCUGCGGGCGCUUCCGUCGAGGCGAAGAACGACUUCGGCGACACACCGCUGAGGUACGCGGCUUUCAACGGCCACACCGCGGUGGUGGAGCGGCUCCUCGCCGCGGGCGCCGCUGUGGAUGCUGUGGACAAUGAAGGUCAGACACCGCUGCACCUGGCGGCUCUGCAGGGCGACACCGCCAUGGUGGAGCAGCUCCUCGCCGCGGGCGCCGCCGUGGAUGCUGUGGACAGCAGCGGUGCGACACCACUGCACUGGGCGGCUCUCUACGGCCAAGCCGCCGCUGUGGAGCAGCUCCUCGCCGCGGGCGCCGCCGUGGAUGCUGUGGCCAAAGGAGGCGAGACGCCGUACGACAUCGCCAAGAUGAGGGGCCACCGGAAGGUGAUGGGUGUGCUGGACCCGGUAUUUGUGGCCCUUCUCAGUGGCCGGAGCUGCAGAUGCAACUCUGCGCAUGAAACUGUACAAGACUUGAAGGAAGAAGCGGAGCGGCUUGGCCUCUCACCGGGUGAUCAAGUGUUGGUCUUUUACGACGACCCCACAGAGCAACAAUGGCAUGCAAGACUUCUUCUGUCAUGCAUCACUGGGGACGAAUGGAUCAUCUUGACUCCGGAUGGGGACAUCUACGGAGAGCAAAUCAGUUCAGGAAACCCAGACUUUUUAGCAUGGCGCCCCAUGGAUCCCAACAAUGUUAUCCCUGUUGGCAUCAAUCGUGCCCAAGUUUAUGGAUUUCGAGUUUUCCCAGAUCCAGCUGCUUUGGCUCGGCUGACAGCCGAAGGUCAACGCCACGCCGCUCAGGAACGUGUUCGGCGAGGCCUAGCUGGAGGUGUUCAAGGGGGCGGAGGUGGCCCUGCAGGGCAGAUUGCUCCACUUGCGGGCGGCCAACCAGCAGGUGCGGCGCAGCCAGGGGCGGCAGUCGCAGUCCCAAACGUCGCUGGAAACCCAGCACCUCAGGGUGGUGUUCCCGCCGCCGGUGGGUUGGCAGGGCUUGUGCAAGCUUUGGGUCCAAAUCAGGGUCAGAACGGUGGUUCAGAUGCAAGGACGUUACCAAUUUCGCGAGAUGUAGAGGGCAUGCGAUUCAAAGAGUUCAGGGAGGCAGCAACCAUCUCACAGCCAGCGGAUCAGCUCUGGCUCAUCACCAGGCAUGGCGUUGGCAUUGGCGGCUGGUGGAUUUUCACCCUAUGCAUUUUUUCUUCUCUGGUCGGUGGAGUAGCCGAAGACUUCGGUCAUCAGCAUAACAUCUUCCCCUUACCGGAUCUAUCCCAUGGUGGUUGUGGUGGCUCUGCUGAUGAGGUAGAUUUCGAUCCCACAAAUGCCCUCACUGAACUCUGCGGUUCUUCGCAUGUGUACGGUGACAGUGCAAGCGUGGUGGAGCCUUAUGCCAGGGAGCGUGUCUCCUGGCCUCAGGUUGACUCACAGCCGGUGGAGUUGGCUACGUGUUUGCCUGGGGCCGACAGUGAAUGGCUACAGGCGUGGCAUACGCAUAUGCUGAAACAGCAGUCGGAGGUUGCGGCUAGUGUUGAGGAGCCCAUCCCUUAUGUUGAUCCUGUUUUGAAGCACAACAAGAAGGAGUAUGCUGGUUUCAUUAGUGACCUUCGCAUGCGGAACAUGGUCAAAUUCAAACGAGUGGAUACAUAUGGGUCACAGUUGGGCAUCUUUUUCGUCAAGAAGAAAUCCGGACAGCUCAGACUGAUUUUUGACACCCGAAAAUUGAACCUAAAAUUUCAUGAACCCCCUCACACCGAUCUUCCUUCAGCUGAUGCUUUUGGGCGAAUUGGUAUUCCAGAUGGGGCAGAGUUUUUUGUGGCUUCUGGGGAUUUGGCCAAUGCGUUUUACACACUAGCAGUUCCUGAUUCACUGGGUCGGAUGUUUACACUUCCUCCGGUGCAGGCCUCUGCGAUUGGUGUUGAAUCCAUUGAUGGUUUCCCUGUCCAGCCCGGCUCUCAGGUCAUUCCGUAUCUCACUGUUUUGCCAAUGGGUUGGAGUUGGGCACUUCAUCUCUGCCAAUUAGUUCUGGAUCGGGCUAUCAGGCAUGCGGGUUUCAGUGCUCACUUCAUUGUUUCAGACAAGGGUGCAGGGGUCAAUCUUAAAGCUGGACCAAAAGAUGGACAUCCUCAUGGUCAUGUUUCCCACAGCUGUGCUGCAGCUGGAUAUGUUGACAACUUUGCAGUCAUUGGCCUCGACCGUGUUGAGGUCGAUCGAAAGCUGAGCCUGAUUUCUGAGAGCGUGAAGACUCCAACUUUGAAGGACUAUCAACUCAGAAUAGACCGGUUUUCAGUUUGGUGUCAGCAGCACCGGAAGGAUUGGAAGUCGGCAUCAGAGUUGGAUCAAGUGUUAGCUCUUUACCUUCAAAGUCUGUUCGAAGCUGGGAGGGGCCAAGACGAGGGCAUCAGAGUAGUAGCUGCCAUCAAGUUUUUCAUUCCAGAGGUUUCACGACUGGGGGAGAGGGGGCUUCCACGUGCUGUCCGAUCCUUGAAAGGCUGGAACCUCGCUAUGCCGCAGCGCCAGAGAUUGCCUAUGCUACUCGAGGUGCUGGGGGCGAUGAUGGGUUGCCUACUCUACAAAGGUUAUCCUCAACUAGCCCUGCGUAUGUUCAUUCAAUUUGUGACUUACAUGCGCCCUGGCGAGAUCAGCAAUUUGACGGUUGGGCAGCUGAUACCACCACAACCUUCAAUGACCAAUGCAUGUCAGUUUUGGGCCAUUCUCCUUCACCCGCAAGAGCUGAAAAUUCCUGGGAAGACAGCCUUGUUCGACGGAUCCAUCCUCUUGGACUCAGACCUGUGGAUGGGACCUUUGUUGGCCAAAAUCACAGUGGGGAGAAAUCCUGCCGAACCACUUUGGGCAGAUCCUCAUCAACUUUUGGUGCAACAAUUCAGCCAGAUAACCAAAGAGUUGGGCUUGGAAGAGCUAGGCCUGUCACUCUAUGCUCUGCGCCACGGAGGAGCCAGCCACGACAUUCUGGCAUCACGGCGACCUCUCUUGGAGGUCAAAAAGAGAGGGAGGUGGUCAACAGAUUCAUCUCUGAAGAGGUAUGUCAAGGAAGCCAGGUUGCAACACGAACUCAGCAAAGUGAAUCCCGUCGUGGUUCAAUACGGCCAAGAAGUGCUCACAGAUCUACCAAGCUUGCUAAUGAUGGAGAAGUUUGCCAAAUCCCCACCAAGUGGAAUUCUCAAGAAUGGAGCGAUGACUCUGCAAGAAGCCAACAUUCUGCCUGGAAAUACCCUGACGGCCGUCCUAGACCCUGUGGUGCUGAAGGACUUCGGCCAUGGGAUUUCGAUGAAGACGGCGCAAUCCGUUUUCGAUGAGUACGGGCCCAGGAUGGACGUGGUUGCAGACUGGAAGGAUCUGAAGGAUCCAUCCUCCUUGGAGGAAGUGCUCCCUCCCGGACACGUGGCGCUGAGCCAACUGGUGCGUCUCAGUCCGGAAGAUAUCACGUUUCCAAAGCCAGUGGAGGUUGAGAUGCCAACGUGUGUAGGUGCGGAGUCUGUUUGGAGAUCAUCUGCCACAGGAUGGGAGCCACUACUGGGUGCGAAAUUCAGCGAUGGCCGAGUGGUUGUGGCGCUGAGCCAUUUUUGUGAUCUGGUGGUCACAGGGCCAUGUGGCCUGAAAGCUGUGGGAUUCAUCGAUCCACAUGGUGCAAACGCCAAAGUCGCGUUGUUACACGUGGCCUGCGAGUCAUGUCAGAACAGUUUGGAGCAGCUGUGCUCCGAUGCUGACAUGUUGCGAUCCUUCAAGAAAUGCGGCCCCAGCGUACCGCUGGGAACGUAUCGCCACGACGAAGACCUGGAGCUGCGUCAAGGGCAAGAAGCGAUGAACAUGAGAGUCAGGUUCCACCGAAUGCCACAGAUUUCCCGGACACUUGUGGCUCACUCUGCAAGCCACUUCAGUGUAGAAAUUGAAGGGGAUGACCAUCAGUUCGAAGAACUUCGGUCAGAGGCAGCCACGAAUGCAACAGCUUCAAACCCAACAGCAUCGGAUCUCCAGUCAGCUCCAGCGACCUCACAGGCGAUGCCCGCAGCUGCGAUGACCUCAGACGUGUCGAUGGCACAGGUGCGGCCAGAGAGAGGUCACCUGUUACUGAGCGGCCGCUUCAACAGUGAUACGGUCAUCGACUACAUGAAAGCGGUGAAGAGGCGCUUGGAAGAGAGACGAAUACCUGUAUAUAUGGUACAAGCUCAGGUCGGCCAAAGUUUUGCCGAGCUGACGCGGAUAGGAUUGGGCCGUGCCAAAGGCAUGGUGGCCUUCUGCACUUCGGAGUACGGCGCCUAUACUGGUGCUGGCUACGAAACCUUCCAUGAAUUGGAAUAUGCACACGACAACAAUUUGUAUAUAUUCCCCAUUAGGCUGUGUGAGCAGUGGCCACCUGCGCCACAAAACAAUGAAAGAGGCACUUUUCAAAAUCGCCUGGUGUUCAAGAAUGGCCUUGUGUUUGUAGAUGAUCGGCAGAUGAACAAUGCCGAAGGCGCUGCCGACCAGAUUGCGGAUUCUGUUACCAGCAGUGGCAUCUUUGCCAAUUAG